AAAGAGAAGAUGGCUGAUAAGUGUCACUUGUGUUUGCUGGGACUGAUCUUUCUCUCUUCACUUCUCACAGGUCUCAGUGGAGUGGAUCAUGUGUUCAUCAGUUCUGGUGAAGAUGUCCGUCUGCCCUGUAAUAAUGCUCUUGCUGACUGUAACUCAACUACAUGGAUCUAUAACAGAUUCAGUUAUUCCUCAACAGUUGAACUGAUUGUUGGAGGGAAAAAGAAGACAGACACAGAGAGACAUGAGAGACUGAGUCUGGGGUCUGACUGCUCUCUGAACAUCAAGAGCGUCACAAAAGAAGAUUGUGGAUCUUACAUCUGCCAACAAUGGACGGGUCCGAAAGGACAACAAAAACAACAAGGAACUAAUGCUCGUGUUUAUCUGCAUGUUCUUCAUGUCUCUUCAUCUGAGAUCAGUGCAGGCCGCUCUGUGAUUCUUUCCUGUCAGUUGUAUUCAUAUUCAUCAUAUCCUCUAGUCUCUUGUGGUGAUUGGAUCCGUUCUGAGCGAAUUGAUCUGUUCUGGGUGAAUCAGGCUGGUGUUAAACUGAAGAGAUCAGACUCCAGAUAUCAGAUAUCAGCUUCAGGUCACUGUAUCAUCUCUCUGAAUACAACAAUCCUGAAUGAAGAUGAAAACAGAGAGUGGAGAUGUGAAGUUACUCAAGUCAAGACUUCAGUCACAUUUACUGUCAGGUAUUCAGAAACUGAAGUCAGUACUGCUGGUUCAAUAUUCAGAGUGAUUGUGAUUAUCGUUGAGUUUGCAGUGUUUGCUGCUCCUACUGUGAUUCUUCUUCAGAUCAUCUGUGCAAGAAGAGCUGGGAGGAAGAACUCACAGCACCGAGAGGAAAUAGUGAUGAAUACAGUAUUACAAUAAAAUACUCUCUACAAAAAACAGGCCAGAGUACACUGUAAAAUAAAUAAAUACAUACAAAUAAAGUAAAAUAUCUAAAUUCAAAUAUAGUGAAAAAUAAUUAUUUUAAAGG